CCAGCGGCCUCCAAAGCCCCCUGACCUGGUGUGGAAGUGGCGAAGGAUUCCUGAUGCUCUGGACCUGUCGUGUGCUCUGCUCCCAAGCGGGGCCCUCCGCUGGGGGCUGGAAGCCCCUGCGCUUUGAUGGUGGGGCCUUCCACCUCAAGGGCACAGGAGAACUGACCCGGGCUUUGCUGGUGCUACGGCUGUGUGCCUGGCCCCCUCUGGUCACCCACGGCCUGGCGCUCCAAGCCUGGUCUCAGCGACUCCUGGGGUCCCAGCUCUCGGGCGCGCUUCUCCGAGCAUCCAUCUACGGGCAGUUUGUGGCUGGUGAGACCACAGAGGAGGUGAGGGCCUGUGUCCAACAGCUGCAGAGCCUAGGCCUCCGGCCCCUGCUGGCGGUGCCCACUGAGGAGGAACCAGACUCAGCUGUCAAGACUGGCGAGGCCUGGUAUGAAGGGAACCUCAGCGCUAUGCUUCGAUGUGUGGACCUGUCACGAGGCCUCCUGGAGAGCCCCGGCCCGACUGGAAACAUCCUCAUGCAGCUGAAGAUUACGGCGCUGAUGAGCACUCGGCUCUGUAAGGAGCUAACCUCACGCGUCCGAAGGCCAGGGGGGUCCUUGGAGCUGAGCCCUGAAAGACUGGCUGAGGCCAUGGACUCUGGGCGGGACCUCCAGGUCUCCUGCCUCAAUGUCGAGCAAACCCGGCAUCUCCAGGCCUCCUUGAGCCGUUUGCACCGGGUGGUACAGCACGCCCGGGCCCAGCAUGUGAGGCUCCUGGUGGACGCUGAGUACACCUCCCUGAACCCUGCUCUCUCUCUGCUGGUGGCCGCUCUGGCCACUCGCUGGAACGGCCCCAGGGAAGGCGGGCCCUGGGUGUGGAACACUUACCAGGCCUAUCUGAAGGACACCUACGAGCAGCUGAGGCGGGAUGCUGAGGCCGCAGACAGGGCUGGCCUGGCCUUCGGGGUGAAGCUGGUACGAGGGGCAUAUCUGGACAAGGAGAGAGAGGUGGCCCGGCUCCAGGGUACCGAAGAUCCCACUCAGCCUGACUACAAGGCUACCAGUCAGAGUUACAGCCGCUGUCUGGAGCUGAUGCUGACCCAGGUGUCCCAUCGUGGCCCCAUGUGCCCCCUCAUGGUGGCUUCCCACAAUGAGGACUCUGUUCACCAGGCAACCAAGCGGGCAGGCUGGCUAUGCUGUGUACAAGUCCAUCCCCUAUGGCUCCCUGGAGGAAGUGAUCCCCUACCUGAUCCGGAGGGCCCAGGAGAACCAAAGCGUACUGCGGGGUGCCCGCAGGGAACAGGAACUGCUCAGUCAAGAACUUCGGCGGAGGCUGCUGGGGCGGGGCCUGAGGGUACCCCAUUAGCACCCCCAGGGCUCAUAUGGUCAAUAAAGGUCCUGAGCUGCUGCCCAGGCAGCUGCCCUGUACGGAAGCCGCCUCCUUGGGGAAGGGCUCAUCUCGGCCUCAGCCGGUCCAAGCUCAGGGGGCUCUGGGGCUCAAGAGAGAUCUUUAGAUGACCCUAGAGCAUAGCAAGGGCAUUGAUCAGAGACUAAUGAGCUCCCCCACCAACCCUGAGGCAGACGAUCCUGCGAUGGGCCUGGGGUCAGCUCUACUCAGCCAGCUAGUGGCUCACGCGGGAAUUUUCUUUACUCCAGUGGACGCCCAGGUGAGGAGCACAGAUGAAGAGCAGACACGGAGGCACUGAAAUCUAGAGGCUGGGCUAAGGCCACACGUCCACGGAGGGACAACGAGAAGAAGCAAGCCCCUCUCUCAUUUAAUAAGCAUUUACUGAAUCUCCUGAGCUAGGCUUCCAGGUGAACAGUGUUAGGGACACAACAGUGACCAAACACAACCCCAGGCCUGGCCUCACAGAGCUCUUAGUCCAGUAGGGGUAGACAGACCCAUCUUCAGACAGCGACAGCCCAGGGUGGUCAGGGCUGUGAUGAGGGGAGCCCAGGCAGAGUAUCAGGGCAACGUUGGGAAAAGCCUGGAGGCUGUAGGAGGCCAGAGGAGACACCUGGUGAUCAAGAGGGCGUCCCAGAGAAUUCAUAAGAAUAACCAAGUAAAUACUGAGAAGGGCAUUCCAGGACAAGGGCAUGUGCAUAAACAGACUGCGGAGUCGGGGGACAAGGACGGAGGCUGGGGGGCCAGAAGAUGCAGUCUUUGGUGCCACACUGCAGGGUAUCGACUCUGUCCCAAGGGCACUGGGGAGUAAGGAGGCUUUGAAGCAGGGGAGGGACAGAGUCAGGUCGGGCUUUAGUGAGAGUCCCUGGGCUGCAGCACGGCGAGUGGACCUCGAGCUUUCCACCUGAGAGCCCAGGGGAAGCUGGGGUAGGGAAUCCUG